AUGUUUAGAUCAGGAUUCAUACAUAAUACUAGGUUCAAUUUUAGUAAGGUUACGACGAAGAGACUUUUUUCUUCUAGUGCAAGACCAAUUCAUUCUCUUAGAAUUAAAUCAUUAACUUUAGGCGUAUGUGGAUUUUCUGCAAUCACUGGAUUGGCUUUAUAUAACCAUAGACUUAUUGAAUUGGACAAUAAGAAACAAGAUAUUUCCCCCAAUAUUUCCAUAGCUGUUGAUUCAUCGAUUUCGCCUUUUCCGACCGCUUUAAUUAGUGCCAACCAAACCAAUCUUAAUACGGAUUUUCAAUUGCUUGGAUAUGGUGUUAGGUCUGUUACGUUUGUUAACUUCAAGGUAUAUGGAAUUGGUCUUUACAUAGCUAAUGACGAUGUGAAUAAAACUAAAAAAAUUUUGAGUCCAAAUUAUUUAUCAACCUUUGGCACUGAAAACCAUUCAUUAAGAGAAUUGUUAUCUGACCCUGAAUUUUCUGCCCAGCUUAUCUCAAAACUAUUAGAGGAAAAUGUAAGAUUUGCAGUUAGAAUUUCGCCUGUUAGAAAUACAGAUUUUAAUCAUUUGAAGGAUGGUUUAAUCAAGUCAAUCUUGGCUCAUCCAGAAAGUAAAGAAAAUAAGGAAAUCGUGAGUAAUGGAUUGGAAGAAUUAAGGAACGUGUUUAGCGGAUACAGAGGAUCGGUGCCAAAGAAUCAUGUCUUAUGGCUAGAAAUUUUAAAACAAGGAAGCUUAAGUAUUUCAUAUGAAAAUCCGGUCAAGAACGAAUUGACUAGUAUGGGACAGGUCAAAGAACCAAUUAUUAGUAAGCUUUUAUUUUUACAAUACCUCAGUGGUAAGAAACCAUUAUCGGAACCAUUAAGAAAAAGCUGUAACGAUGGAUUUAUUGGUUUAUAA